AUGACUUCCAAUAAACCCUCCCCUUUCGACUUCUGUGGCCAUACGGUCUUCGAUGCUGAAGACCUUCGUGCCUUUGAUUCUUUAUUUUUCUUUGGAUGUGCCAAAACUAUCCGUAAGAUCAUCGAUAAACAUAACAUUCCCACCUCUGACUACUUCUUUGGAUCCUAUAGCAUCAAAGCUGGUUGGAAAUUCUCUACUAAAGAUAAUAGGAAGGCCAAGCUACUCCUAUCAGAGGGAUGGGUGCUUUCAAACAUCCCGAGCAUGAGAGGACAACCUCAAGAACAACCUCAAGAACAAACUAAGGAACAAUCUCAGGAACAAACUAAGGAACAAUCUCAGGAACAAACUAAGGAACAAUCUCAGGAACAACCUGAAGUGCCUAUUGUUGAGUCUCAACAGCAAGCUGUAUACGAGUAUGAACUGGCCCCACCAAUCAUUGAGCUGGAAGAACACGAGAAAUUUAAGGAUGAUAAGGGCAAGAGUCUUGAAAUAGAGGUCAGAGGAGAAAGAGAAAACAACAAAUGCUUCUUCAAAGUAUCCGAGGUGGCUAAAGCAUUUCAAAUGAACAACAUCAAGUCUACAAUUAUGCAUAAAGAAUAUGGAUACAAAAACCUUGUUCAUUAUAAAACCUUUAUUGUCACGGCGGAGGUGUUAAAUCAGCAAUCACGUCCUUACAGAGAACAGAACAAUCCUAAUAAACCAUCCUUACAGAAAACAUUGUUUCUCACCUACAAUGGCAUGUUGAAGGUCUUGUUCAGUUCUAGGAGUGGCAUAGCAGAGCAUUUCCAAGAAUGGGCCUCAAGGGUCCUCUUUACGGUCCAGAUGGGAACUGUUGAACAGAGACAGGGAUUGGCAUAUACGAUGUUGGGUGUGAGUGUUGAUUCAUUCAGGGAGUUCUUGAGCUGUGGGGUAACACCCGAGGUGUCAUGUCUGUAUUUGGUAACUCUGGGAUAUGUGAAGGAUGUGAGAGAUGAUAUGGACAUACCUAAGAGACAUAAGGACAAUGCCAUGGUGUGUAAGUUUGGUAUAAGUAAUAAUAUAGACCAGCGUUUGAUGCAACACAAGAGGGGGUUCAAGGAUAUUGAUAAAGUGGAUAUGAGAGUGAAAUGUUUUGGAUAUAUAGAUAAGAUGUAUACGAGCAAGGCCGAGACGGAGUUGAAGCAUGAGUUGUAUGAUGGUUUGUUGUCGGAUGAUGAGAUAUCGGUGAGAUUGGAGUAUAAGAAGCAUACGGAGAUAGUGGUAUUGACACCAUUGCAAUUCAAGCAUGUGACACAGAGUGUGUAUCCUAAUCUUACGAAGAGGAGCUUGAACAACAGCAACUUGAGCAUCAGAAGGACCUUGAACAUCUGCGGGAGAGACAUGAAUUAG